CUAUUAAAUAGGGCAAGUCUGCUCCAUGAGGGCACAGCUGCUGUUGCCCCCAAGAUCUGAACAGAGGAGUGCCAUCUCUCCUGCUCUGCUCUCUGCACAGCCCAAGGAUCUGAAACCUACGGCCAUGAGGACCCUCAUUCUACUCAUCGCCCUUCUCCUGCUGGCCCUGCAGACUCAGGCAGAACCUCUCCCAGGAAGAGCUGAGGAGGUUCUAGACCAGGAGCAGCUGGGAGAGGAUGAGCAGGGUGUAUCCAUCUUCCUAGGAGGGCGUGACAGCACUGCCCUCCAAGAUGCAGAUGUGAGGUCAGGCGUGACCUGCUACUGCAGAAGAGGAGGCUGUCAUUUUCCAGAACGACUUCUUGGCUUCUGCAGGGACCGCCGUAACACUGUCUACCGACUCUGUUGCCGCCGAUAAUUAAGAACAAGAUGACUACGUUUUCAUAGUAGUCGAAAACCUGAAGGAUACUGUUUGUCCCAUGCUGUGUCCUUGAGUUUCUUCCUAUUUUCUAUCUAAAUAAAGUCCUUGCAGCAAGCUUU